AUGACCCCCAAUCCAUCCACUAUUCAAAGAACAGUCCAGUUAGCUUACAAUCAGCUAGCCUCUUCAACCUUAUCACAAGUAUUUAACAAAAUUGAACAAGUUUAUCAAAACAGUCCAGAUCGAGCUAGAAGUGCUCUUUUAACCGUUAUUAGCACUCCUAAUGCUCAAACUAACCUUCUAGUCCUCUCCUCAUUCUUAUCACUCGUUCAUUCUUUGUUAGAUAAGCAAAUUAUCAAAAGUCUUCUUAAACCAUUAAUCGAUCCUAAAAGAUCUAUGUCACCAGAUACAGUCACUUUACUUUGUUAUCUAAAUACGUACGGUGUGAUAGACACUUCAUAUAUCAACCGCGCACUUACCCAGCUCGUUGAACAGCACGAGCUUCUCCAAAUUCUACGUAUUCUGCAAAUGACCAGUACGACCUUAGAUAAAGAAGUCUUAUCUCUUCUCAAGACCAAAUUAGCCGAAACAACCGCUAAUUCCUUAUCUGAAAAUGAAUCACAAACAACCCAAUCCUCUACCCCUUCUUAUCUUCCUACUUUCCUUCUUUGGGCCCUUAAUGCCCUUACUAAGAACCAAAACCCCUUCCGAGAAGUCCUUAAAGAAGAGAUAGCAACAAUGAAAGAAUCUAUCAAAGAAAUAGUAGAUAAAACCACAGCACAGCCGAUUGAAGUCCAAACUGAAGCAGUUGACCAAGAAGAAGUAGCCGCAGCUAAGUUUGGCAUGAAUACUACCCUAAAGAAACGCGUCUUCAGUAUAAUUACAACCAGCAAAGACUUCCCAGAAGCCCAAGGCCUACUUUAUAAAGAAGCACUUAAAGUCAAACAAUUCGCCGAAGUAUUCAAUCUUCUCCUCUUCCUCUGUCUUAAAGAGCAGAAGUACAACCGCUACUAUGCCGAUCUCGCCACCUCCCUUAUCAAAACAGCCCGACCCAACCACCAAAGUUCGUUCAACAAACACCUCUAUACUGCCAUUGAGAAACAACUAGCUCAUCUUGAAACUCUUCCCAUCAAAGAGAUAUACAAUCUAGCUUCAUUUAUUGCUGCUAUCUAUUCUGAAGGCCUUAUUACACUUAAGUGUCUCAACCAUCUUACCUACCGCACCAAAGAACCUAUUGUUCUUCUCAAAGUCCUUUUCAAAACACUCUUAGCUAACUUCCGGCACAAUCUAAUCAAAAAACCAAAAACAAUGAAAGAAUCAGAAACAAUCAGAACUAUUUUUAACAACAGAUUAAUCGAUGGACUUUUCUUACACCCCAACGAUCAAUCUGAUCUAACUAGACUAUACGAAGCCAUCUAUAGAAGGAAGUAA